CACCCCCCUAUACUCGACAGAUCGAACAAUAACGCUCUCUCUCUCAUCGGAGCUCCAGAGAUUCUGAGUGGCUCUUCGAAGAAGAUGUUGAAAUUCUUGAAGGGCGUUGUUGCCGGAUCUGGUUCGGGACCCAAUAACCUACCCUACAACAUCGGAGAGCCUUACUCCUCUGCUUGGGGCUCUUGGACUCACUGUCGCGGCACCUCCAAGGAUGACGGGUCUCCAGUGUCAAUAUUUUCUCUUUCAGGAAAUAAUGCCAAUGACGGACAUUUAGCUGCUGGUCGUAAUGGUGUCAAGCGUCUUCGUACGGUCAGGCAUCCAAAUAUUUUAUCAUUCCUUCACAGUACGGAGGCUGAAUCUUUUGAUGGUUCUACUACAAAGGUUACUAUCUAUAUUGUCACUGAGCCUGUCAUGCCACUGUCAGAAAAGAUCAAGGAAUUAGGAUUAGAAGGUACACAAAGGGAUGAGUAUUAUGCGUGGGGAUUGCACCGUAUAGCUAAAGCUGUGAGCUUCUUAAAUAAUGAUUGUAAACUUGUCCAUAGUAAUGUUUGCUUGGCCAGUGUUGUUGUCACUCAAACUUUAGACUGGAAGCUGCAUGCUUUUGAUGUUUUAUCUGAGUUUGAUGGAAAUAAUGAAGCUUCCACGGGACCAAUGCUGCAAUAUGAAUGGCUUGUUGGUGCACAAUACAAACCAAUGGAGAUGUUGAAGUCUGACUGGGCAACAAUCAGAAAAUCUCCACCUUGGGCCAUUGACUCUUGGGGUUUGGGUUGUCUUAUUUAUGAGCUUUUUUCGGGAAUGAAGUUGAGCAAAACAGAGGAGCUGCGUAACACUGCUAGUAUACCCAAGUCUCUACUUCCAGAUUAUCAGCGGCUUUUGAGUUCCAUGCCUUCUCGCAGGUUGAACUCAUCAAAGCUUGUAGAAAACAGUGAAUAUUUCCAAAACAAGUUGGUGGAUACCAUACAUUUUAUGGAAAUUUUGAAUUUGAAGGACAGUGUUGAGAAGGAUACUUUCUUCCGCAAGCUCCCAAAUCUAGCAGAGCAGCUUCCUCGACCAAUUGUGCUGAAAAAGUUAGUUCCUUUAUUAGCUUCUGCGCUAGAAUUUGGUUCAGCUGCUGCGCCUGCUUUGACUGCACUUUUGAAAAUGGGUUCUUGGCUUUCACCAGAAGAAUUUAACGCUAAGGUAUUACCAACAAUUGUUAAAUUAUUCGCUUCCAAUGACCGGGCUAUUCGAGUUGGUCUCCUGCAGCAUAUUGAUCAAUAUGGGGAAUCACUAUCAGCACAAAUUGUUGAUGAGCAAGUUUAUUCUCAUGUUGCUACUGGGUUCAACGACACAUCUGCUUUUCUGCGGGAAUUGACACUUAAAUCCAUGCUUGUUCUGGCUCCUAAGCUGUCUCAACGCACUAUCUCAGGAUCUCUAUUGAAGUAUCUUUCUAAGUUACAGGUUGAUGAAGAACCAGCUAUUAGAACAAAUACCACUAUACUGCUUGGGAAUAUUGCCAGCUACUUGAAUGAUGGGACACGGAAAAGAGUUUUGAUAAAUGCAUUCACAGUUCGUGCUUUGCGUGAUACAUUCUCUCCUGCCCGAGGAGCUGGCGUUAUGGCUUUGUGUGCCACCGGUUCUUAUUAUGAUGUCACCGAGAUAGCAGCUAGGAUUCUGCCAAAUAUUGUUGUACUUACCAUCGAUCCUGACAGUGAUGUUCGAUCAAAGGCAUUUCAAGCAGUUGACCAAUUUUUGCAAAUAGUGAGGCAGCACCAUGAGAAGACAAAUACGGGGGAUACAAGUGGGGCUUCAAGUGGAGGAAUCUCAUCAAUACCAGGAAAUGCAAGUUUACUUGGAUGGGCCAUGAGUUCCUUGACUAUAAAAGGCAAACCUUCUGAACAAACACCACUUGCUUCAUCAAAUUCUAAUGCGCCUCUUACUUCUGCAGUCUCCAAUGCCAGCUCGGUGAUGGAUAGUCCUAGUGCAAUGUCAGUCCGUGUAAGUUCCAGUGAGAAUAUAGCUGAUGUACCUGCUCCCGUGUCCCCAACAUCAACUGAUGGUUGGGGAGACCUUGAAAAUGGACUUCAUGAAGGGCAGGAAAAUGACAAAGACGGUUGGGAUGAUAUUGAGCCACUUGAGGAGCCAAAGCCAUCUCCAGCUCUUGCAAACAUUCAAGCAGCUCAAAAGCGACCUGUCUCACAACCAAAACCGCAAGUUACAAGUUUACGACCCAAAAACACAGUUAAGGCUGCCAAAGAUGAAGAUGAUGACUUGUGGGGUUCAAUAGCUGCCCCUCCUCCAAGAUCGAGCACAAAUUCUUUGAAUAUGAAAUCAAGCGGAACAGCUAAUGAUGACGACCCGUGGGCUGCCAUCGCUGCUCCUGCACCUACCACAAGGGCCAAGCCAUUGUCAGCUGGGCGAGGACGAGGCGCUAAACCUGUAGCCUCAAAAUUGGGUGCUCAAAGGAUAAACCGGACAUCCUCAACCGGGAUGUAAAAUACUCCAGGGAAAGAAACAGGAGAAAGAAAGGGAGCAAAGAUAAAAAUGAAAAAAAAAAAAAAAAAAAAAAAAAAAAAAAAAAACAGAUUAAGAUUUGAGUUUUGUACAUUUUUUCACUUCUUGAGGUUCAGUGUUCAUAUCAAAUAUAAUACUGAAAUUAUUGGGUCAUCGGGAGUUGUAUUUGUACUAGUAUUAUCUUUUACAUAUCAACUUUUGAUUUGUAUUAUUAUUCUUUUUCAUCAAA